AUGCCCCGCCUCCGCACCGCCGCGGCCGCCAUCGCCGCCGCCGGCACCCUCCCGCUAGCCAGCGCGUGGGGCACCCUCGGCCACGAGACUGUCGCCUUCAUCGCGCAGAACUUCGUGUCGGCCGACACGGCGGCGUGGGCGCAGGGCAUUUUGGAUGUCUCGUCGAGCAGCAGCUACCUCGCGUCGGUCGCGACGUGGGCGGAUAGUUAUAGGUACACGACCGAGGGCGCGUUUUCGGCCGAGUAUCACUACAUCGACGCGAACGACAGCCCGCCGGACAGCUGCGGGGUCGAGCUGGAGAGGGACUGUCCCGAUAGCGGGUGUAUCGUCAGUGCGAUUGCGAAUUAUACCUCCCGCGUCCAGUCUUCCAGCGUCUCCAGCACGGAGAAGCAGAUGGCGCUGAAGUGGAUCAUCCACUUCCUCGGCGACAUCCACCAGCCGCUGCACGACGAGGCGCUCGAGGUCGGCGGCAACGGCAUCGACGUGACCUACGAUGGCGAGAGCACCAACCUGCACCACAUCUGGGACUCCAACAUGCCCGAGCAGCUCAUCGGCGGCUACGCACUGUCGGACGCCGAGUCGUGGGCCACGACGCUGACGACGGCGAUCAAGUCGGGCGCGUACGCGAGCGAGGCCGCCGGCUGGCUCGACGGCAUGGACGUCGACGACGCGCAGGCCAGCGCGCUGGUGUGGGCGCAGGACACGAACAAGUACGUGUGCUCGGUCGUGCUGCCCGACGGCGUGAGCGCCGUCGAGAGCGGGGACUUGAGCGGGACGUAUUAUGACGACUCGAUCGAUACGAUCAAGUUGCAGGUCGCGAAGGCUGGAUACCGCCUCGCGGCUUGGCUCGACCUGAUCGCCACGGGUGAGACUGGGCUUUCGAAGAUGAAGCGGGACAUGUCGGUUAAGCGUGAGGACUACGUCUUCCCACCUGAGGGCUGGGCGCGCAGGGAUAACAGCGCGGAGCGUCAGAAGCACAAGAGGCAUGCCAUUGGCUGCACUUGCUAA